AUGGUAAGGGGUAUCUUCCAACAGAGCAAGGGUACAUGUACAAGUGAGAGGUGGAGCUGGUGGGAGGGGAAAGUGCAGGAGGGCAGAGCAUACUGGCAUGAAGUCCAGCUUGCAGAAAUUUGGGGCAACAGGGGUAACUGGAGUUUUUUAGAGGCAACUGGCAUGGAUGAGUGCUUAUUGAUGACUGGGCAACAUGCUGAAGGUCAGGAGAAACUCCAAAGCCUCAGGGAGUAUAUGGCUCCCUACAAUGGUUACUGGCCUGACCACAAGCAAGAUAUGGUGUGCCUUAUCCUUGGUGAUACAUCUACCUGGCAUUCAGAAAUGAAGUCAGUUACACUGGCAACAAUGCCAUCCACAUUCAAUCUUAUCCCUCCUUCUGAUGUUGCAGCACAGGAUCAUGUACAAUGGCUAGAGACUGCCGCCACAAAGCUCCUUGAGAACUUGCUUUUCUUGUGUGAUGGUUUCAACAAGAAUGAAGCUGUCAUACAAUUCUACUAUACCAGUACCUAUCAAAUUGUGGAUAAGUGUCCUGAGUCCUUCAGCAUUUCAGCUCCCCUUCCCUGUCUAGCUCUUGUUGCAGCCAUGCUUUCUCAGUGGGCAGAUGAAGGAUGGGCUGCACUGCAAGAGGUUGAAAUGAAUGUAGAGAGGUACCAGCACAUUCAGGCUGUCCUCGAUUGA